CAAACCGGCCUGUUUUAAAUGUCUGAGUAUUCCAUAUGGAAUAGAUGUUCCCAGACACCAKGCAGGUGUGUUCCUGGCUGCAGCAUUCUAUAAUGUGAACGUUCUGAACCAACCUGAAACCUCUCAGUUCCAAAUCAAACUUCACUUGCAUCUGAGAAUUCUGUGAAAGUGUUUCUAAUUGAAUCCAGGCUCCAGUCUGCCCUUGAAACUGUAAUCAGUGUGUGACAUCUGAUGUGUAUAAGCAAGGGUUGUGUUCAGUAGAAAGCUCUGCAGGCGAUUUCCCCUUGGACUGGUGGGUUCUCAUUUAAGAGAGCUGCAUUUGUUGGGUUUAUGCACAGCUAAGGCCAGCACGAUCCAGUGGGUGUUUCACAAGGACUUUUUCCUUUCAGGCMCUUGGACAGCACAAGUUUUUUCUGCUUUUCUUUGUAACAGAGCUGCCCAGUCAAAUUCAAAUGCAGUUUCCCUCUGACAAUGUGGAAUGUUAGCAUGGAGCUGACACACCUGAGGAGAUUUAGAUGUCUCAAUGGAUACGUCGAGCUACUUCCAUACUUGCCUGRUGUCCAUAUGGCUGCACAGAUUUUACAUCUAUUCUGCUGUUGCAUUUGGGAUCAGCCUUUGGAUUGUUAUUCAGUUCGCCACCACCAGAACCAAAAGAAAGGAUGAGAAAUCCCACGGGAGUCCCACUUCCUCCGAGGGACCAGCAGACAAACUGAGCAAUGGAUGUGCCUCCCCUCAGGCACAGGAGGUCCAUGUUGCUGGAGUGAAGAUUUUCUACGGCUCUCAGACUGGYACAGCAAAGAGAUUUGCCAAAGCUCUGUCUGAAGCUGUUAUUUCCCUUAAUUUGCCUGUGGAAGUCUUUAACAUGGAAGACUGUGAUCCAGAGGAUUGUUUGUCAGAGGAGACAAGCAGCAGGAACAUCUGUGUGUUCCUGGUGGCCACGUACACCGAGGGGCAGCCACCAGAAAGUGCAGCCUGGUUCUGCAAGUGGCUGGAGGAAGCAGCCAACGAUUUCCGCGUUGGGAAAAGCUUCCUGCAGGGCCUGAGAUACGCCGUGUUUGGCUUGGGAAACUCAGCUUAUGUGGAUCAUUACAACACAGUUGGAAGGAGGGUUGACAGGUGGCUGUGGAUGCUCAGUGCCAGCAGGAUCAUGACUCGAGCUGAGGGGGACUGCAACGUGGCCCAGAGCAAGCAUGGCAGCAUCGAGGCUGACUUUGAGGCCUGGAAAACCAAAUUCCUCACUCGGCUGCAGGCGCUCUGCAGGGGGGAAAAGAAGCCCUGCAGUGGGAAAUGCAAGAAAGGGAAGUGCAAAUCUUCGGGGAAGCAGAGCAAGGAAAGCUCAGAUCAUGAACAUGGGAUGUCAGAAAAUGAGAAUACUGAGGCAGAGGAAUUGUUUGAAACCAGUAGUGAGGAGGAAGCUGAAGGCACAAAUUCUGUCAUCGAUGUUGAAGAUCUUGGCAAUAUCAUGGGCCACAUGAAGAAAGAAAAGGUACUGCUGUUAGAGGGGUUGUGGAAUGGUCAGGUCUUGGUCACUGAGUUCUUGGAUUGAUAAAAAUGUUACUGGCUGGAUUUGAA